AUGGUGGUGCGUGAUGAGAGGCAGUUUGUGGCUGCUGCUGUGGUGCACACUGCGCAGGCUUUAGUGGCUGGUGACACUGAGGCUUAUGCGCAUGCGGCAAGAGAGGCUACCCCAACGCCAACGCCAACGCCAACGCCAACGCCAACUCCAAUCCCAAUGCCAACCCCAACACCAACUCCAAUCCCAAUGCCAACCCCAACCCCAACACAAUCUCCUCCAACCCCAACCCCAAUACCAGCACCAACCCCAACGCCAACGCCAACUCCAACCCCAACUCCAACGCCAACUCCAACCCCAACCCCAACACAAUCUCCUCCAACCCCAACCCCAAUACCAACACCAACCCCAACCCCAAACCCAACCCCAACCCCAACACAAUCUCCUCCAACCCCAACCCCAAUACCAACACCAACCCCAGCCUCUUGCCCUAAGGACACCCUUAAGCUAGGGGUAUGUGGCGAUUUGUUGAAUGACUUGGUGCACCUUGUUGUGGGGACCCCACGAAAGACCCCUUGUUGUAGCCUCAUUGCGGGUCUUGCUGAUGUUGAUGCUGCUGUUUGCCUUUGCACUGCCAUUAAGGCCAACGUUUUGGGCAUCAAUCUUAAUGUGCCAGUUUCCUUAAGCUUGCUUUUGAAUUACUGUGGUAAGUCUGUCCCAACAGACUUCCAAUGCGCUUAGUGGUGUCAUGAUCAUGAAGGUUGCAAGCCUUGGUCUUGUCCUUAACAAGCCCUUGCCAGGAAAAUGGAUUCAACUUCAAGCCCAGGGAUAGUGGAAAAUGCAGCUACAGCAACAACUCCAAACGUGGCAAACUAGUCCCAAAAACCCUCACUGCUUUGCCUCAUCUAUGAUUAUUAUAUAUAUAAUUUCUAUAUAUUAUGUAUGUGUUUAUGUUUGUUGUUGUAUUAUUACAGUAUGGGAAUGAGGUAUCUUUGAAAAUAAGAAGAUUAUGUGUAGUUUCAUUUCAGCUUAUAAGGAAGGUUAGCUACAAUUUCUUAUAAA